AUGACUGGUAGACGUCGUUCUUCCAGCGUUAGAAGCUGUGAUUCUGCAUUUUCUACCCAAAGCAGUCAGCAUAGAAGACAGAGCUUAAUAAACAGAUUAGAGCAUUUUACAUCCAUUUUACUCAUUUUAUUAGAACGGCUGAUAACGGGGAUUACAUUUAUUCUUCCCAAAUCGAUCAUUUCCUUUUUUACCAAUGUGGUCAGGUUGAUACUCAACCUCCGCAGAACUGAUAAUAGUGCUUACGACAGACUUAUCUCCCAGCAGGAAACUGUUCUCAGCACUGAUGGCUAUCUACGACGUAUCGAGUCUCUCAGAGCCGCAGAGACAUUUGAAGAUCUUUGUGCAGUGAAUAGUUACGUGUGUGAGAACCAUUUAGUUUGUACUGAUGAUGGGUAUUUGCUUACUAUACACAGAUUGAAUCCAGAAUCGAAUGGAUUUAGGCCGAACGGUAAGGCAGUGUUCCUACAACAUGGUUUACUUAUGAACAGUGAAAUCUGGUGCGUCCGUAUUAAAAAGAGCGAGAAUAUCCCUUUCAGAUUAUGUCAGCUAGGAUACGACGUGUUUUUGGGAAACAAUAGAGGUAACAAGUAUUCGUGCAAACAGAGGGACCAUAACGUGAAAGACCGCAAGUUCUGGGACUUUUCCAUUGAUGAGUUUGCUCAGUUCGACAUGCCAGCCUGCAUCAAUUAUGUCCUCAAAUUCAAAGGAAUACCAAGUCUAAGUUUCAUUGGAUUCAGUCAAGGAUGUUCACAGAUUCUUGCAUCUAUAUCCAUCCACAAGGAUCUCAAUGAUAAGAUUGAUAAACUCGUUUUGAUAGCUCCUGCAACAACCCCAAAGAGACUGGCAAAUUGGUUAAUUAACUCGAUCGUCAAUUUGCAGCCAAAAAUGUUUUAUUUCUUGUUUGGACGAAAGAUUAUCAUGCAGUCCAUCUGUUCCUGGUUCAGCAUUGUUUAUCCUCCUCUCAUGGUGAAACUAAUUGAUAUUCCAAAUCAGAUCCUAUUUGACUGGCAUUCCAAGAAUAUCGAUAUUCUCCAGAAGUUGAUCUGCUAUUUUCAUCUAUUCUCCACCACUUCGGUGAAAUGCGUUGUUCACUGGUUCCAGAUUAUACGUUCCAACAAGUUCCAGAUGUAUCAGGAUUCUGAGAUGUUUGAACCGUUUGAAUACCCAAUUCAUCAGGCAAUGCACAUUCCUAAGGUUCUCCUCAUCUAUGGAAUGGCAGACUCUUUGGUUGAUAUUGAUGUGAUACUUGACCAGUUGCCUGACUUUGACUCUGUGAAUGUCAACCAACUUAAGUAUGACGAUUCCACCGUCGCCUCCUCUUCAGAUUCCUCCUCCUAUCAGCCGUUGUCAGAGAAAGCUCCUCUUUCAAGUAUUGAGGAAGUGAAUAAUGAGUCGGCACCUGACUCUGAUGUCGAUAACGUCAAGGUGAAUGAAACCAGAGUCACAUCUACUGAAGAAUCCGAUCCUAAGUCUCAACUCCAUAUUUUUGGUGUGGAAAACUACGAGCAUUUGGACUUACUUUGGGGUAAAGGAGUUGAAACAGCCGUCAUUCGUCAUGUGCUAGAGUUUUUAGGGCAUUAA